AUGCGAUUACUCUCAAGCCUGAUUCCCCACUCUGCCCAUGCCCUCACUCCCGCCCCUCCCCCAGCCGCCCUGCCACUGCCACAUGACCUGGUGACCAACAUCUCCUCUGCCGCCUCUGCUGAUGCCUUCCUCGCCACUCUCAACAAGGUGGACGGCACCAGGCAGCUCUACGAAGGCCCACUCAAGCCCGAGCCAGUCGCGGCCUUCCUCAAGCAGUUUGCCGCCCCGGCAGAGCCCGCCGCUGACUCAGCGACAGCUGGCGAGGCGGAGGCGGGCGGGGCAGGGGCGGCGGGGGAGGAGGGGCAAUUGCGGUGGGUGCGGCAGAUGAGGGGCGUGAAUUUCAGCAAGCCAGGUGCUGCAGCGCGAGGAAAUGUGGAUGGUGGCUCUCGCCUCCCCGUCUGGGAGGUGAAGGAGAAGUGCGAGAAGACAGCAGAGGAGCUUGUGGGCAUGGUGAGGCGCUCACUCUCUGCUCUCCCUUCUCCCUCGUCAUCCAUCCUCUUCCGCCCUCAUCCUAAACAGAUCUUUGUGCCUGCCUUCUGGGGCUCGUUAGCAAUUGCUGCUCUUUGCCUCGUUUCUCCUGCCCAUUCGUGCCUCUCCUUUCCUGCUCAUUCCUGCUUCUCCUCCCCUGCCCAUUAG